AUGUUGCGCUCAUCUUUGUCAAGUACUGUGGCGGGAUGGAGUCCCGCCUAUGCUGCCGCACUCGCUCUCGUCGCAAUCCAGGUUGGUAUUGGAAUAGUUUAUAAGAUAGCGCAGAAGGGUGGAAGCUAUACCUUUUCAACCUCAUCCUCCAUCACCAUAUCCGAGUUCCUCAAAUGUGCCUUAUCAACAUUCCUGUUCUACCGAGAAUGCCGGAGGCGGCAUGCUGCUAGGGGUUUUGCGUACCAGGUGGCAGCAGCCACGCCGGAGCGAUUAUCGCUGGAAGAGAAGGAUGACUCGAGGACUUUCAGUGAGACAUCUACUUUGGAGGAGGGAAAAGAAGGAAGCGAGGACCAUGUCAAGAUCCCACUGUCGCCAGACGCUAGAGGGGGAGAAUUGACACUGGAGGAGUUCUGGAAUUAUUGCAAAAAUGAAGUGCCUAUGGAUACCAAAUACGGCUUUUUCACGCUGGCUCUGCUAUAUGCUUUGAUCAACAAUACGAUAUUCGUGGCCUACAAGCUCGCAGAUCCCGGAACCAUUCAACUCUUAAAGUCCGGAAUCACAUUGGUCACAGCGCUGGUCAUGCUCUUUGCUCUCGGAACCAGGAUUGUCAAACUCCAAUGGAUCGCCAUAAUUAUACAGAUCUGUGGCCUCAUGGUGACCCAGUAUCACCCUGACACUGGUGCCUCAUAUCCACUCUCAACCUAUACGCUACUCAUCUUUCAGACAUUUCUCAGUGCAUCCGCGGGUGUCUAUAAUCAGAGCCUUUGUAAGAGGGGAACUGCGUCUUUGCACGGGGAUAACCAGACUCUGUACGCCUCAGGAGCCGCCAUCAACCUAGUCAUCCACAUCAUCAUGAAGAUCAUGAAGCCGGACGAACCGUCCUUCUUCACCGGCUACAACAGCAUUGGAGCCAUCAUGGUGGUGCUCAGCAAUGUCUUCAUUGGCCUUGCGAUCACUGCAGUUUACAAGUACGCGGAUGCGAUCAUUAAAUGCUUCGCUACUGCUGUAUCAACAGGAAUCCUUCUAUAUCUCUCCCCUAUCCUGUUCGGGGCUGAGAUGUCUUUUUUGGUUCUGCCGGGGACUCUUGUUGUCUUUAUCUCUACGUGGCUCUAUAUGGAAGCUGCACCACCAAAACCAUCGCCAAAUUCAGUUCCGGAGCAGACUCCUCCAACAAUGUUAAGCCAAGCCUCUGAAAGGGUUUCCGCAAAGCAUUGGAACCGCCAUAUCACCACCGGCUUCUCCACCUUCUUAACGAUCAUCAUUAUCGUUUGGCUCUCACUUGGCAACUCACACAUGCCUGACAAGGGUGCGUCCAAGGCACCAGAAGUGGAUGCCCUCAAUUCCAAUUCGACUGUAACAAAGUUGGAAUCACCUUUUAAGAACAGCAUGGCCUUCAUUCGAAUCAACGGAGAUCGCCCGGAGCGAAUACCGACGGUAAUGGGCUACGAACCCUUCUUCCGAGAGACACACAUCAGCAUGCCAAAUCUCACUCCCAAUAAGCACCAGUUAAACCUUACCCACGACUCCUUCGAGCAAACUUUCACCGCAUACAAGGCCCUUGGAGACACCAUGAAGCUGAUACUGGACGCACCUGCUAACGACAGCGCCUCCAAAAUAGACGGCAUCUUUUUCUUCCAUUUCGACAUUUGGCUCGACCCCAUGGCUUUUGCUCACGAGGACUUUGAGAACAUAUGGCUCCCUGACAUGGAGGGCCCGAGAUACCUCUGCAUGACCGAGAAAACCAGGGACAAGAUCAUGGGCGACUGGUUCUGGUUUGACCGAGGAGCCCAACACCCAGCCAUCGACGCCGCCCGCGAAGUCCACGACCGCUUCGGCCAGGAUUUCAGAAUGAAAGGCGACGAGUUCUGCGCCGGCUGGGCAGAUCUCUACUACAUUCCCCGCCGCUUUUUCGCUGAAUGGAUCAUUCUCUCCACAAUCUACGCUUCCCACGAUGUCUUUCACGAAAUAGCAGUUGCAAGCAUGGCGCGCAUUAUCGAUGUUUCUCGACGCAGUCACCCGACGCUGCCUGUUAUGACCCAUUUCGGAGACUGCUGGGGUGGAUGCUGCAGUGGGUAUCCAGAAGGGCCGGAGAUCCUGUGGAAAAGGUGUGGGCAUCAUCUGAACUAUCUGAACCAGGAGCAUGUGAAGACGCAGUAUGGGCGCUUAGAGCGGGAAGCUAAGAUGCUGGGGAGUAACAUUACGGAGAUAGUGAGGGGCAAAGAAGAUGACCGGAGGAUGUUGAAGGAGUUGGGAGGUCUGAUGGAGGCUGUGGGUGGGGACACAGGGACUGACGACUCGUGGUCGAAACACUGGUGA